UUUAGUAGCCGGUCGCGUCGGAGCAUUUUUGGUGUAUUAGUGCACAUGUCAGCGAGUGUUUUCUCGCCUUACACACACGAUGGGUGUUCCCGCAUUCUUCAGGUGGCUCUCCAGGAAGUAUCCUACAGUAAUCAUUGAAUGUAUCGAGGAGAAGCAAUAUAAUACAGAUGAUGGCAAGCUAAUACCUCAAGACACUACAAAGCCCAAUCCAAAUGGAGUGGAGUUUGAUAAUCUCUACCUUGAUAUGAAUGGUAUUAUUCAUCCAUGUACACAUCCAGAAGAUAGACCGCCACCUAAGGAUGAAGAUGAGAUGAUGGCUGCAAUAUUUGAGUGUAUUGACCGGCUAUUUGCAAUCGUUCGUCCACGUAGACUCUUGUAUAUGGCCAUUGAUGGUGUCGCCCCUAGAGCUAAGAUGAAUCAGCAGAGAUCCAGAAGGUUCAGAGCAUCUAAAGAGGCUAUUGAAAAGAAAGUAGAAGUGGCACGGAUAAGACAGGAACUACUAGACAAAGGUUUUAAACUUCCCCCGGAGAAACCCAAGGAGGCACAUUUUGACUCCAACUGUAUCACCCCUGGCACACCCUUCAUGGAUCGUCUGUCUAAGUGUCUUCAUUAUUAUGUUCACGAACGACUCAACACCGAUCCGGGCUGGAGGGGUGUUAAGGUAAUCCUUUCGGAUGCAAAUGUUCCCGGAGAAGGCGAGCACAAAAUUAUGGACUACAUCCGUCGCCAACGAGCGCAGCCCGACCAUGAUCCUAACACUCAACACUGUCUCUGUGGUGCUGAUGCUGAUCUCAUUAUGUUGGGAUUGGCUACUCACGAAGUUAAUUUUACCAUAAUUCGUGAAGAGUUCAAACCAAAUAAACCUAAACCUUGUGAUAUUUGUGGACAGCUUGGUCACGAGGUGAAGGAAUGUGUUGGUGUAGCUGAAGGUGAAACUGGGGAAUCAGAAAAAGUAUUCGAGGAAACACGAUUUAUAUUUGUUCGCCUCAAUGUUUUACGCGAAUACCUGGAAAGAGAGCUAGCAAUGCCAGGCUUGCCAUUUAAAUAUUGUUUUGAACGAGCCAUUGAUGAUUGGGUAUUCAUGUGCUUCUUCGUUGAGGAAGAAAAUGUUUUAAUUUAUUGUUGUUUCAAGGGAUGGUUGACAGACAGUGGAGCUGCAAACAUGGAAAGAGUACAAAUGAUUCUGCAAAAUCUGGGUAAAGUAGAAGAUGAGAUAUUCAGAACAAGACAGAAGAGAGAGCUCGAGUUCAGGGCUAGAGAUAAAAUGAAGAAGCAAGCCGAAAAAAUUGAAAAGGAAGCUGCAAAUAGGUUUAAGAAUCAAACUGGUCAAGGGGCUCUCGGUGUUAUGAGGGCUGGAGAAACCUCAGUGGCACACGGAGCAAAGAGCGCUAUCAUGGAUCAGCGAUAUUCAAAUAUGAAUGAUGGAGGUAACCGUGGUCAGAAGCGAAAUAUAGACAGUCUUGAGUCUGAUGAAGAGGAAGAAGUUCCUGAUGAAGUGAGGCUGUACGAAGAUGGUGCCAAAGAGCGCUAUUAUGAAUCAAAGUUUGAAGUUAAGCGAGAUAACUACGAGUUCAGAACACGAGUUGCUGAUGAAUAUGCUCGUGGUUUAUGUUGGGUUUUAAAGUACUAUUACCAGGGAUGUGUGUCAUGGGAUUGGUAUUUCCCAUAUCAUUAUGCACCCUUUGCCUCAGACUUCACAAACUGUGCCAAUGCAAAUGUUAAAUUUGACAUUGGUGAACCAUUCAAACCUCUUGAACAGCUCAUGGGGGUGUUCCCUGCUGCAAGUCGUGAUCAUGUUCCUGAGCCAUGGGGCCAAUUGAUGAUUGAUCCAGAAUCAGAUAUUAUUGAUUUUUAUCCUGAAGACUUCAAAAUUGACUUAAAUGGGAAGAAGUUUGCUUGGCAAGGUGUUGCCCUCCUGCCUUUUGUUGAUGAAAACAGAUUAAAGAAGGCCCUUAGUAAAGUGUAUGACUUACUGACUCCAGAAGAAAAGCGACGUAACACGAGAGGUGAUAGUCGCAUGUACAUCAGUGUCAAACAUGAAGCAUUUAGCCAACUCUCGGACAUGUACCGCAUGGGGAUGAACUUGAAUACAACUGUCCCAGUAUCUGGCAAAGAAUAUCAAGGCAUGCAAGGAACUGUACUUUUGGCAACAGAUUGUGUGGAACCUAAUGGUACCUUGCUAGCCCCUGUUCGUGACAUGGAUCCUGUCAGAAACAACCAGGUGGUGACUGUAAGAUUCCGUGACCCUGAAUAUCCUAAAGGCUUUGUUUUUCCAGCCAGAAGGCUUGAAAAAGCAGAGGAACCGCCACGUGUCCUAAAACCACAGGAUCUGUCAGCAUUGGAAUCCAAAAAUUACCGACCGCAGAUUGGCUUCAAGAGGAACAUGCCCAGAGCAUCUCUCGAUAUAUCUGGCCACAGAGUUCUUAGCCACCUCCUGCCGAACCUUCAUGGUGGAGGGCUGUACAGCAACAACGUGCCGCUUCUGCAGGGUGCCCGAGGAGGGCAGGGGCUUCUAGGAGCAGGUCCAGGGCUUCUUCCAACACCGCCAAGACCAGGGGGUUUCCUGGGUCCAGGUCCAGGUGGUCCAUGUCUAGGUGGCCCAGGAGCCUUCAUUGGUCCUGGACUAGGUCAAGGUCUUCCAGGAACAGGACCAGGACAAGGGGGUCUCCUAGGCUCAGGACCUGGAGUGCAAGGAAACCUCAUAGGAUCAAGUUUUGGAGUCCAGAGAGAUGCUGUUGGGUCAGUACUAGGGCAUGGAAAACCAGAUAAACCUGGAAAGGUACGUGGUGGCCUUCUUGGAUUGGGACCACAACAGCAAGGCAUACUAGGAAAUGGAUCUCAACAAGGAUGGUCAUUUAACUCAGCACAUCAGGGAAACCAACAGGGAGGAUUGCUUGGAUCAGGUCCACAGCAGGAUGGAAUGCUUGGAAGGGGUAAGCAGAUGGGAGGUCUAUUAGGCUCGGAACCAUGCAUUGAAGAUGUAUACAGAAGGCGAAGCCAACUAGACUCAGCACCACAACAUGAGAAUAGAUAUGGAAGGGGUAACCAAAUGGGAAGUCUACUUGGGUCAUCUCCACAAGAAGAUAUGUAUGGAAGGGGAAACCAAAUGGGAGGUCUACUAGGAUCAUCCCCACAACAAGAAGAUGUAUAUGGAAGAGAGAACCAUAAAAGAAGUUUACUUGGGUCAUCCCCACAUCAGGAAGAUAUGUAUGGAAGGGGAAAACAAAUGGGAAGCCUACUAGGAUCAUCCCCACAAGAAGAUAUGUAUGGAAGAGGGAACCAAAUGGGAAGUCUACUAGGAUCGUCCCCACAACAGGAAGAUAUGUAUGGAAGAGGAUCAAAACAGGGAAGUCUUCUUGGGUCAGGACCCAUCCAGAGAAAUCCUUACAAAAUGAACUUUGAAGAGGGGAGUCUACUCGGAGCAGGACCAGAUGAAGAUUAUUACGAGUCUGAUACGGAACAAGGAGGACUUCUCGGCAUGUCCCCGACUAUGAGUCACCACGUGAAUCGUGGGGGAGGAGGAGGAGGAAGGCAGUACAGCAAUGUACCUCCUCCGCAGUUUGGUAGAGGAGGUGGGAGUAGAGGUCUUCUGGGAGCUCUGCCAACUGCCAACUUCCCAAUGAUGAGCCAAUCCUCAAAUUAUUCUAGCUCACUUGGAAAUAGCUAUGGUAGUGGCCAAGGAAGUUACAGUGGAGGCAGACAGAGUCAGAAUUACAAUAAUGGCUCUGGUUACAGUAACAGAAACCAAGGCGGCUACAACAGUAACCAGAGAAGCUAUAAUAGUAAUCAGGGGGGUUACAAUAGUAACCAAAGACAAGGCUCUGGAGGUUAUGGGUACAAUUCAGGAAGCACCAGGUACAGUAAUUAUAGUUCUGGAGGUCAGAACACAAGUGGUUAUAACUGGAACUAUAGCUCACAACAGAGAGGCAGAGGAAGAGGAAGAGGAAGUGGAAGUUCAAGUGGUAGUGGAUAUUAUUCAUCAAAUAAUUAACAUUUUGUUGAGUUACAUCUGAGGAUGGUAAGUGCUUUGGGACUGGUUAAAAAAAAAAAAAGUAGAUAGAAGGGUAUGUUGGUGUCAUCUGUUACAUACUUGUUGUCAGGUCGAGUAACAAAAUCAAUAUCUCAAAUUUUCUUGAUGUCUGCAACUUACUCUAUAUCUAGUGAAUAUAAGAAUUGGUAUAGUACAUGUUUAAAGUCUUUUUAAGUAAGAAUCCAUUAAUGUUUGAUGAAGGGGUUAUAUAACAUAAGACUGAAAAUUACAUAAUUUCAUAUACAUACUGUCUUUCAGAUCAGUGGUUGGUAUUCUUGACUUGUGCAAUGUGUUAGUACAGGUGGCUAUUUUUGUAGUUAACGAAUGGAGUAUGUUCAGGAGUUUACAUUGCUGAAUACUACAUUUUUUUAAACUGCUACAUGUACAAGUACAAUUUAUGUAUAUAUGACCUCUGAAUUGAAACUAUCAAUUACUGUAUGUUUUAUCAUUACAUCAAGUUUAUAUAAAAACUUGUCUAAUUUUCUAAUUACUUGUUACUAGACAUUUUUGUCACCCACAUUUUCCUGUUAAUACAAUUGACAAGACCUGGAGUUUUUUUUUUUUUUUUUUUUUUUUUUUUAUUAGAGUACUCCAAUGAAUUGACAAUGAUAAUACCGUAUUUAUUAACUAGGAUGCCAAGAUGUGAAGUGAAAACAAUGUUGAUUACAGCAAGUAAAUAGCACUGCUUUUAAUAAUAUAAUUGUAAAAAUACCUGGAAGACUGAACGUAGUCUUGUACUAUUUUGUGUAUAAUUGUUGAAAACCCAUGGCUAGACUUCAUGGAGGAACAAUAAUGUUUGGGAAGUGAAGUACAGUACACUUUAUUUUAUUAGUUUUUGAUUGAAGUCAGCAGCUCCAGGUUAGGUAACUAGAUUCAUAUAUAAAUAUAUAUGAGCAUGAUUUUGUGUAAUUUAGCAAAAAACAGAAGGAAUAUAACUUACUUGGCACAAAGUUUUGUAAAUUAUACCUAGACAUUGGAGGGUACAACAAUGACUGGACUGUUAGGAUACUGCACCAACAUGAACAUGUGAGCAUACAUCUUAACCUGUUUUUCAUAUUAGGACUUGACACUUUUCUGUACCAUGUUUUUAGUGUACAUGAUAAGUACAAAACUUUGUAAAUUAAUUAAAGUGUAUUCUUUCC